ACAUUUCAAAAGAAAAUGAAAACCAGAAAGCUAAUCAAUUGGGUCAAAUGCUGCCUCCUACUGCAGCUGCUGAUCCUGUUGUUAAGUCAGCAGGCUCAAGGCAGGCGUUCCAACGCACAGCUGAAACGUCUGCAAGUGCAGUCACCCGCCCGAAUGCUAAAGGAAUAUACAACGCAGACCACACUCAAUGGCAGCUCCGUGGAGCAGCUGGAGGAGGAGAGCAUUGUGUCCUGGACCGGCGCACGCAUACAGCACGCACGCAAGUCGAGCUCAACUCGUGGACAAAAUCCGCGUCGGCGUAAAACCAAAAGUGGCCUGCUAAUUGAAAGUAACAUCAGCGCUGAGCCGACCGACCAGGCAGCUGCUUCCUCCGAGAUCAAUGCCAGCAGCAGCACUAGAACGGGCAAGAAAUCCAAACAGCGUGGACGCAACGGACGCCUCCAAAGAACGGACAGCAAAUCGAAUGCCAAUGAUUUGCGCCUGCGCAACACUCAACAGGCAGACGAGGCGGUCAAUUUCGCUGGGCUUUUCCCGCCGCUCUUCAAUGUCGCGCCCCGCGCCACAAUUACAGUGAACGCGACCUGUGGCCAAAAUGGAGCCGAGGAAUAUUGUAAAAUGGUGGAUGCGUUUCCGCAUCGUUCCAAAUACUGCGGCACCUGUAAUGCUUACAGCUCCGAUCGUGCCAAGCAGCGACCAAUUGAAUCGCUCAUUUCGCCCAGCGCCAGCUACGAGGAGAGCUGGUGGCAAUCGCCGACACUGCAGGGUGGCCGUCAGUUUGAGUAUGUGACAAUCACCUUGGAUCUGAAACAGACCUAUCAAAUUUUUUUCGUCAUGCUGAAAUCGGCGAACUCACCGCGUCCCGCUUCCUGGAUUUUGGAGAAAUCAAUCGAUGGCAUCAAAUACGAGCCCUGGCAAUACUUUGGCUUAAGCGAUGCGGACUGUAAGCGACGCUACAAUCUGUCCGGCCGUAAUGGCAAAUAUAUAUUCAAAAACGACACCGAAGUCAUAUGCUCAACGCAGUACUCAAAGCCGCUGCCGCUGGAGAAUGGGGAGCUGCACGUGUCCCUGUUGAAGAAUCGACCUGGCGCACAGGAGCAGACGCCGGAGCUGAUGCAGUUCAUCAGAGCGCGUUUUAUGCGCAUACGAUUGCAGGGUAUGCACUCCACAGCGAAUCUGGACAACAGCGUCGAUUGGGUGCUCGACUCGCAGUCGCUGGAGAAGCGCAGUUUCUACAGCCUCAAGCAGCUGCGUGUCAGCGCCCGCCUCGACUGUCACGGGCACGCGAAUCGCACCCAGGAUGUGCCAGGCAGCUCCAUGCUGCAGUGCAUCUGCCAGCACAAUGCGUGCGGCAUGCAGUGCGAGGAGUGCUGUCCACUGUUCCAGGAUCGUGCCUGGACGCCCGGCGGAGAAUGCGAGAUUUGCCAGUGUAAUGGUCAUGCGCACAGCUGCAGCUACGAUGCGUUUCUGGAGCGUGGCAUUUGUCAGAAUUGUGGCAACAAUACGGCGGGCAAUGAGUGUGAAUUCUGUUCCGGCGGUUUCUAUAGACCCUUCGAUGCGCCUCCCACUGAACCCUGUUUGCCCUGCGCCUGCAAUCCGCAGCGCUCGACGGGCAGCUGCGCGCCUUUGGGUGGCGCUUGUCAUUGUCUAGACGGUUUUCAGGGUGACCACUGCGAGGAGUGCGCCCCGAAUCACUAUGGCGACGAUUGUCGGCGCUGCGAAUGCGAUUUGCGCGGCACUGUGGCGGGCAGCGCCUGCGCUGGCAGUUGCCAGUGCAAGGCUCAUGUGCAGGGCGACACUUGCGGUGAGUGCGCCACGGGCCACUUCGACUUGACCGAGCAGAAUCCGGAGGGCUGCAGUCGCUGCUGGUGCUCGCACGUGUCGGACACUUGCCACAGCGCCAAGCUGCAAACGUUGGCCUUUGAGACGCUGAACGAUUGGCGGUUGACGGACAUACAGCGGGCACAGGCCAUCGCUGUGGCCAUGGAUGCGGAACAUAAGCGUCUGAUCUUUGGCAACGAGCUGGACGAGGUGGAGGCGAUUUACUGGCAGGCGCCGUUGGGCUAUCUGGGCAAUCGAUUGACCAGCUACGGCGCCCGGCUGCAGCUGCAGUUGUCCUGGGUGGUAAUGCGCGGCGAUACUUCAGGCAAACCCACCACAGGUCCAAAUGUUAUUCUAUGCGGCAAGAAUGGCCUGAAAAUAGCCUAUGCGGAUGAGUCCUACGACAGUCUGGAGCUGGCGCUGAAUGUUACAUUGACGGAACAAGGCUGGUAUCAUGUGCCGCCAGCGGUGAAGGAUAUCAAGACUAGACUGAGACGCACCGAGGGUGGCGACUAUCAUGGCGAUGUGGUGACCAGAUCACAGUUUCUCUCCGUGCUCGUCUCGCUGGAUGCGUUGCUCAUACGCGCCGCCUAUCACACAGAUCAGGUGGAGACUUCCCUGGAACAUGCCAUUAUCUAUUCGGGUGGUGUGGAGCUGGGCGGUAGGGCCACAACGCAGGUGGAGCAGUGCAUUUGUCCAGCUGGCUAUACGGGAUUGUCCUGCGAGGGCUGCGCCUUUGGCUAUAAACGCAUCUAUGAGAACUCUACGGAUCAUCAGCUGCUUGGCAAAUGCAUACCCUGUCCGUGCAAUGGACACUCGAACUCUUGUGAUCUGCAGAGCGGCAAUUGUGGCGAUUGCAUGCACAAUACAUAUGGAGAGCGCUGCGAGCGUUGCCAGCUCGGAUUCUAUGGCAAUCCGCUGCAGGGCACGCCCCACGACUGCAAACGCUGCGCCUGCCCACUGCCGGAGGAGUCCAACAAUUUCUCGCCCAGCUGCCAGCUAAAGAGCUACAACUAUAUGGAUCUGAAUCCGCAAUUCGAGCUGAUCGAGCAUGCGGAAUACAUAUGCACCCAGUGCCCGGAGGGCUAUACGGGCGACCAUUGUCAGGUGUGCGACGAUGGCUACUACGGCAAUCCUCUGGAGUUGGGCAGCAGUUGUCAGCGCUGCGAUUGCGAGGGUGGUCCGUGCAAUGUCACCACCGGCGCCUGCAUCACCUGCUAUGGCAAUACGGAGGGCUGGCGCUGUGAACGGUGCAAAUUGGGCUACUGGGGUGAUCCGGCCGUCGGCUGUGAGCCCUGCAACUGCUCUGCCGAGGGCUCGGAGAGCGGCCUCUGCGACAGCGCCGACGGGCAGUGCCUGUGCCGGCCCAGAUUUGCGGGACAAAAGUGCAAUGAAUGCGACAUUGGCUAUGCCCAUAUCGAGCUGCAGUGCCUGCCCUGCAAUUGUGAUGCACUGGGCGCCGCUGUGCUGGACAACUGCAAUGCCAGCACCGGGCAAUGCGAAUGCAAAAUGGGCGUCAUGGGCAUCAAGUGUUCUGAGUGCCAGGAUGGUUAUUUUGGCAUGAAUGUGAAUGCCGAACAGCUCGAAGAUUUGGCUGCACUGCGCCAGGCCGAAAACGAUGCCGACUGGGAGCUGAUAAGCGACACUGACGAUGAGCUCGAAGCUAUGGCCUGUGAGGAUUGCCAAUGCAGUCCGGUUGGCUCCCUGUCUACGGCUUGCGACAAACGUUCGGGCCAAUGCUCCUGCCUGCUGAAUGUGGCGGGUCGUCGGUGCGACAAGUGCAAGGCGGGUCACUGGAAUCUGACGCAGGGCGUGGGCUGUCACGACUGCCAAUGCGAUCCGCACGGCGCACGCAGUCACGAGUGCAAUCCGUGGACGGGUCAAUGUGACUGCAAAAUUGGCGUCGGCGGGCGGCAUUGCAACGAGUGCACCGAGGGCUUCUUUGGCUUCAGCACAGAGGGCUGCCAGCGCUGUGCCGCAUGCGCGGCAGAGGGUCAAGUCUGUGAUCCGCUCAACGGUCGCUGCAUUUGCCCGAAAUUCACGCGCGGCUUGGGCUGCGCUCAGUGCGUGCCCGGCACCUGGGGCUGGCAGGCGCGUCUGGGCUGUCGUGAGUGCGAAUGCGAUCACAUUGGCUCCAUUGGCCAGCAGUGCGCCGCAGUCGGAGGUCAGUGCCAGUGCCGUGAGGGCUACGCGGGCCGCAACUGCAACAGCUGCGCCAUUGGCUACUUUGGCUAUCCCGAGUGCCGACGCUGCGGCUGCGAUGUGGCGGGCUCCUUUACGCGCGCCGAUGGCCUCAUAGCCUGCGACUCGAAUGGCCAGUGCCCGUGCAAAUCGCUCGUGGUGGGUCUCAAGUGCGAUACGUGCAUGCAGAGCACAUUCGGUUUGUCCGCCCUUAAUCCCGAGGGCUGCACCCGCUGCUUUUGCUUUGGACGCGCCGCCGAGUGUGAGCAGAGCGAACUCUCCUGGGGCCACAUACGCAUGCCGGAGUCGCGCAAUCUCAGCGUGCAACAGCUGCGGCCGCAGCAUGUCACCAGCGGUGACUACGAGUACAUUGUGGUGGUGCAGAUGGCGGGCAGCGUCUCCUAUCGCGAGGAUGCCGAAAUCCAGCGCAUGAACGAUCUCAGCCUGGUGCCGCGCUCCACGGGCAACGUAUCGAUCGGCGCCUAUGCCCAGUUCUAUCAGCCGCUCUACUUCCAGCUGCCGCCCCAGUUCUAUGGCGAUCGCACCACCAGCUACGGCGGCUAUCUAUACUUUUCGCUGCUAACCGAGGGCGCUCACACGCCGCUGGAGCGGAAGGUGCUGGCGCAGUAUCCGCUGGUGCAGCUGCAUGCGCACGCCAAGCUGGUGUUGGACUUUUACGAGUACGAGGAAUAUGAGUAUUCGCUGAAUGUGACGCAUCGUGUGCCGCUGCAUGAAUCCUAUUGGAAAUAUCAUCACAAUAGCCAGGCGGUGAAUCGGGGCACCUUGAUGGCGGCGCUGCAGAAUGUGCGUCACAUAUUUCUGCGCGCUUUCGCGUUUGCCGAUUUUCAGCAAGUUGUCCUACAUAAUGUGCACAUGGAUGCUGCCAUAUAUGUACAGGGCUCCACUAACCUCAUAGCCAAGGGCGUGGAGCGCUGCAAGUGCCCCAAACGUUUCGAUGGGCUGUCCUGCCAGGACCCGGGACGCUCGUUUUAUCGCUGGCGCAACACAAGCGACGUGGAAAGUGUUUUUAUUGAGGAUCUAAUUGGACGAGCAGCGCCGUGUCACUGCAAUGGACGCAGCAAUGAUUGCGAUCGCGAAACCGGCGUUUGUUUGAAUUGUCGCGAGAACAGCGGCGGCGCACACUGCCAGCAAUGCGCCGAGGGCUACUACGGCGAUCCCAAUUCACGGCACGGCUGCCAGGCCUGCCCUUGUCCGGAGACCAAUCGCAACUUUGCGCGCGGCUGCAAUGUGUGGGAGGGCGAGGUGAGCUGCGUCUGCAAGCCCGGCUACACGGGACGCCUAUGCGAACGCUGUCGCCUUGGUUUCUUUGGCAAUCCGAUGCAAUAUCCCAAUAGCAGCUGCCAGGCAUGCAAUUGCCAUGCUGAUGGCAUACGCGCCGAGGGCUGUGAUGCGGAGACGGGUCAGUGCUAUUGCCGCGAAGGCGUCACGGGUCUGAAGUGCAAUAAGUGCGUGGCGCAGCGGCAGCAUUUGCACGAAAGCGGUUGCACGCUCUGCGACAAUUGCACGCUGCUGCUGCUGGACUAUGUGGAGCUGGUGGGGCAUAAGCUGCGCCGUGGCCUGCAUAACAUGGAUCUGACGGGCAUACCGGCUCCCUAUCUAAAGCUUAGCGAAUACGAGCGCGCCUAUGAUAAAUGGCGCGGCCAUCAGCAGGAUUAUAGCCAGGCCAGGCAGAUGCUCCUCGGGUACGAUACGGCAGCUCUUCUCAAACUGGACGCACAUGCAGAGAAUGGCAAAUUUCAGUCGCGCAAGGCGCUGGCCACCAUUGGCAAACGCCAGCUGGCGCUGCAGUCCAUGCAGGACGCGGCUCUUGCACUGCAACAGGAUGUGCGCACUCUACACGCUGGGUUGAUGCAAACGCUGUACGAUUUACGAAACUAUGGCCUGGGUGCACAGCAUCUGAGUCUGCCGACGGCGCUGCAGCAGGCGCGCUUCUAUCUGCAGGCUAUACAACAGCAUCAUCAGCUGGUGCAGGACAUACGCAGCACCAGCGACUGCGCCUGGCAACAGUUCUAUGUCACGGGCAAUUCCUCUGAUGCGGCAUACGAUCAGCGUGCACGUCUCGAGAUGCUCUGGCGUGAUCUUAACCAAACCAAUUAUCGCGUGGCGGACAUGCGGCUGCACAUCGAUCGCACCCAGGAUGUGGAGAGCGAGGCGGACGAUGUGCUCGAACAUGUGCGCAAUCUAAGCGCUCAUGUUGCCGAACAGUAUCAGGAACUGGAGGAACUGGGCGGGCGCAUCGAACGGCAGCUUAAUCAGAGUCACACGGCGCGUGGCGAGCAAAUGCUGCAAACAGCCAGGGAGCAGCAAAUGCAGCUAAAUGAGCAGCGGAAGCAGCUGUCCGCCGUGACUGCGCUGCUGAACGAAACGCUCGUGGAUCAGGCAGAACUGCAGCGGGAGGUGCGCAAACACUGGCUUCCCAAGGCGGAGAAGCAUGCGGCACGCCUGCUCGAGCGCUCCAAUGAGUAUGCCAGGCAAUUUCAGCCCACAAGAAAUGCGGCACGCAUUGCCAUGCUGGCCAGCUCGGCACACAGCAAUAUUUCCACAGCCAUUGCGGGUGCACGCCAGGCAUCACUGCUGUCCAAUGAACGCGUCCAUGAGGCACAACGCACGCUUUAUCCCAGCGAUGGCAGCUCAAUGAUUGAGCGUGCCAAGCACUCGCUGCAACGCUCCAAGCAGUUGCAACGCGAGGCACUGCAGCAAAUGCAAAAAUCCACUGUGCUCAAGGGUAAGCUGCAGCAACAGGAGCAACAAGUGGAGGGCAUCAAACGCACCAUCUUUGAGACGGGACAACGCAGCAAUAACAUCACCAGCCAGCUGCAAUUGCUGACGAACAGCUCGGCGCGUCGUCAUGCCCAGGAAAGCAUGGAGCUGGCGCAAAGGACAAGCGAGGAGAUGCAUGCGGAGCUGCGCAAGGCACGCGAGAUGCAGCAAUCCAUACAGCAUAUGCGCAAAUCAUUUGCCAUGCUGGAGCCAGACUGGGAGAUCAAGCUGGGCAUGGCCGAGGAGAACAUUUCGCUAACCAAGACAAAUUUGCGUUUCGCCAACGUUUCGCUCAACUAUGUGGAGCAGCAGGCCGCCAAGGAACAGCAGGUGUUUGAGAUCUGGAACAAUAGCAUGGCCCAGCAGCUUCAGCAGCUAAGAGAUCAAAUAGCCAAGGCCAGGCAUGCAGCGGAAGCGAUUGACGUCUCGCUGGAAUCGCUGGGUCCCAAAUGCAGUCGCACCUAUUUGCCCGUUUCUUAUGGCCUGAGCACAUCCAAUUCCCUGCGCUUGAGCUUUGCCCUGUCCAAUCACAUGGGCAACUCGCCUUUGCUGCAUGUCCAGGGCAGCGAGGGCCGACACAUCACGCUGGAGCUGUACAAGCGGCGGGUGCGUCUGGUUUGGUAUUUGGGCGGCAGCACAGCGACCAUAACACAUCCGCUUGAGGUGCAGACCCGCGAUCCCAAGUACGAUGAUGCCUGGUAUCAGGUGGAGGCGAAUCGCACGCUCAAUUUGGGCAGCCUGCUGGUGCGCCGCAUGAAUAACUUUGGCGCCUUAAUGCCGGGUUCGCCAGUCACGGGCUCCACGGAUGCCGAGCACACGCGUUUCUAUCAAACGCACGACGAGCGCAUUUUGCUGGGCGGCCAUGCGGCCAAGGAGCAAACUCCAGGUCUAAAUGUGGUCGUGCAUCAGGUAGAGGUGGACAAUAAGCCGUUGGGUUUGUGGAAUUUUAUAGGCAGCGAGGGUCGCUGCGGUGGUGCCAUGAUUGGCGCCCGGGAAUCAUCCUCCUCCUCCGUGGCGCGUCAUUUCAAUGGCCUGGGCUAUGCGCAGCUUAAGAAGACGCGUCCGCGUCCCUAUCGCAAGAAUCUAUUUGCGUUGCAGAUGACCUUCCGCACACUGGACGAGAAUGCCUUGCUCUUUCUGGCGGUUGAUGACAAGAACAACCGCUCCGUAUCGGUCACAUUGAGUCGCGGUCGCAUCAUGUUCCGCAUUGACUAUGGCGACGAGUCCAAGCUGGAGAUUAAUACAACCAAAAAGUACAACACAGGGCAGUGGAUCAAAAUCGAGGCGGCCAGAGAGUUCUCGACACGACGCAGCACGGAGAAUGGUAUGCUGCGCGUAAACAACGAUCGUGCCAUCUCCGGUGCCCCCACAUUGCCUGUGAAGAGUCACAUGCUGCCGGAUCUGUCCAAGGCGGUGUAUUAUCUGGGAGGCGUGCCACCAGGCUUCACAUCUGGCACAACCAAAGCGCCUGGUGCCGACAAUCCUUUCCUUGGCUGCAUGAUGGAUGUGCAGGUGAAUGGCGAGACUUACGAUCCGCUCGAGAGUUCCACAUACUUUGGCGUGGAGUCCUCCUGCAAGGACAUGAUUACAAAAGCUGGCUUUUCCGGCAAUGGUUAUCUGGAGCUGCCAUCGCAGUCGCUGCGGAAACGCGCCAAUACUGGCCUUGUCUUCCGCACACUCCAAGCCGAUUGUUUGCUGCUGUUGGCUGCCUAUCCGCCAGAAGUGCUGGCCGACUACGAUGACAAAGAUAUUAAGGGCAACUAUUCGAUGAGUCUGGUCGAUGGUCAGCUGCAGGUGUGGAUUAAUUCGGGACGCAGCUUCAUCAAAAUGUUCUCCAAUGCAAGUCAGCUGAACGAUGGCGAACUGCAUGUCAUCAAUCUUAUUAAGACUGGGCGCCGCCUGGAGCUGAUGGUGGACGAUGAACUGCAGGAGGUGCGCAGCCUGACGGGCACACCCUCACUUGUCAGCCUGCCACAGGAUGCUGGGGGGCUGUAUAUAGGCGGCGCACCACCCCAUGAAAUUUACACUCCCUUGGCGCCCACAUUUGUGAAGCUCGAGGGCGCUGUGCGGGAUGUGGUGUUCAAUAAUCGUACGAUUAAUUUUAAUGAUGCUUUGACCUUUGCCAAUGUGCAGAUUGGACGCAAUGGUCCGGUCAUGGGCAGCCCCAAGGGCGCCCUCUACGAUGUGCUGCUCAAGACGGAGCCGAUGAUUGGCAAGAGUUUUACCGCCUCGCCGGAAGGCUGCAAGCGGAUUGGCAGCUACUCCUACGAACCGAAUGCCUUCAAGUUUGGCGACGAGCUUUAUAGCUAUGCGCAGCUUAAGCUGCCGGAGCGUCACUUCUGGCAGCGCAACUUUCAGCUGAGCUUUGAUUUUCGCUCCUUCUAUCCCAAUGGCAUGCUCUAUUUGUCGCCGGGCAGCAAGGAGAAGCCAAAGCACUAUGUGGCCCUGCUCCUGAAGGAUGGCCAACUGGUGUUAAUUGUGCGCGGACGACGGCGCGAGGAACUGCUGUUGACAGCCAAACUAAACGAUGGUGAAUGGCAUCGUGUGACUAUCAGUUGCCAUGAGCGCAAGGUCACCCUGAGCGUAGAGAUUGGACGUACGGAUCAAAAGACGUCGGCACAAAUGAAGGUGCCCAAGAAAAUAGGCGCCUCACAACUGCUGCUGGUCGGUGGCCUGCCACAGGCUCCAGUCAAGGUGCCCUCGGAGCUGUACAUGCGACUGGAGGCCUUCAAGGGCUGUCUGCGUCGCGUGAACAUUAACAAUAGCACACAGGAUCUGGCACGUCCGGGCAAGCACGCAAAUGUGGGUCAAUGUUUUCCAACCGUCGAGCGCGGCAGCUACUUCCCAGGCGAUGCCUAUGCCAUAUACAAAAAAAACUUUCAUGUGGCCAAAUAUCUGGAACUGGAAAUGGAAUUUCGGACCUCUGAGCUCUCCGGCAUAUUGCUGAGCGUUUCCGAGCCAAGCGGUUUUCCCGCACUUUCACUGGAGCUCAGCAAUGGCAAUAUCGUUUUCUCUUGUGACCUGGGCGAUGGUGUGCCAUUCCGUGUGGAGGCCACGCUGCCGGGCAAAUAUGCGCUCUGCGACAACAAAUGGCAUAAUAUAUCCGCGCUCUAUGAUGGCGAGCAAAUUGCGCUUAGGAUUGAUCAGCUGCCUGCCACGAUCAGCAUGUCAAAUCAACGCAAUGUGGGCAAAGUGCAAACACGUUCGCCCCUCUACAUUGGCGGUCUGCCAGAUGUUGCACCCAGCGGCUGUUUGCUGGCGCGCGAUAAUUUCAAGGGCUGCAUACGCAAUGUUUCUAUACGCAAUGAGAGACGCGAUUGGAUCGAUAUGGAUGAUCUGCACAAUGUGCUGCUCAGCGAAUGUCUUGUGUCCAGCGAUGAGUAGCUACUGAUUGCCGGGAUGUUUUCUCUGGUUCCUGUUUGAUGAUGCCACACCAAAACUUUUUCCAAAUGUAUUGUGAUCAAUUAUGAGUUUUAUUUAAGCCAUAGACUUAGACAACGUCCAGUUAUAGUUGCAUAUCCACUGCCAUAUAAGUAAUAUUUACAUAGCUAUACGUUUCGGCUUGUACACGCACAAGUUUUCAUUGCCAGUGACUGCAUUUUAAUUAUAUUAUUAACUAGGCCCCGCAAAUUUUUAAUUUAUUUUAUCUUUUAAUUUAUUAUGUUUUAUUUUAAAGAGGCUUUAAGUUUGCAAAUCGAUUUUAUUUCAAAUUUAAUUUUAACACACAAACUAUGUACUUGUUUAUGAAUCUCCCAUUUGUACAGUACUUAUGCAUAUAACUAUUUAUAAAGUAAGUAU